CUCUUUACCGCAACUUCUGAACUCUCUAUUUCUCUCUCUCCAUCGCUCCCUCUCUCUCUUUCCUCUUGCUAGUUUGCUCAUUUUCUGUGAAGUGAUUUCCCCUAAGCUCUUAAUCCAGAGUGAUGAGUUGAUUGGCGAAGGAGACAGACAGGUAUAUCAUCUGGGAGAACUAUAUGGCAAAGGUUGCUAGUGCUACAUCUGGUUCGUUAAUGUCCAAUUCUCUUCAAAUUGGUGAGGCUGCUCUAAAGGUUGGUCCAAUGGUCAAAAGGAAGAGCCCAUCAGAACUAAGGGAAGAGCAAUUGAAGAGGAUAAAUGCUGUUGAGAUUGUAGAUGAAUCUCCAGCUCCAUUGUCUGGUUCAACGAAUAACACUAGUGAUAAUGGGCUUAAGAAACCAGAUUUACCAAGGAAUCCAAGAUAUAUUGACACCCGUAUGGAUGAAGUAUAUCCUAUCAAAAAAUCCAGGCUCAGGGUGCUUUCUGUAAAGGAAAAUGCAAAGGAAAAUAUAUCAACUGAGCAAACUCACGGCCUGAAGAAUAUCUCUAUGCUUUCAAAUUUGGCAGCCAAGAGACAACUCUUAUGCCCAGAAAAUUCUGCUGCUUCCUCUAUAGUUUCCAAAAACGGUAAGGUGCAAGCUUGUCAAACGAUAGACAGGUGCAAUGAAAGUAUAUUCCGAAGUGUUACUGAACUUUCAUCCAAUGGUGAAAAAUCAUCUGGCAUAGCUCUUGUUGAUAUGGAUAAAGUAUUAAAGGGACUAGUUGCCCAUGAACCUCCUACCAGUUCUGGUUUAAAUGUCUACUCUUCUGAAAAGUUUGGCAAUUGUACCUCAUUUCAUUCAGGCAAUUUUGUCUCUGAAUGCAUCAUUCCAGGCCAAAAGGCUCCUCUUGAUUUUACUUUGAAAACUAAAAUGCGGGUGACAUCCUCUUGCUCAGUGAAUUGGAUUCACAGGUCGAUUAUGUGUAGUGUCUACAAUGGAAUGCCACAGUUGUCAUCCCAAACUAGUUGUUCCAUAGAUGGUAGUAGCUCAGGGCAAUCAUUGACUUCCCAAAGUCUUAGUUCUAAAGUGUUACAUUCAUGGAUUUAUCCUCAAUCUACAUUGCCUCCUUCUGUCAUAUCAGUGUUGAGUUCACAAGCAGCGGAGGGAGUUGAAAUAGACUUUUUAAGAAAGCGGCAAAUGGGAUGGGAGGAUUCAUUUCGGAGUCUUUAUUACAUGCUUCGAAAAGACAUUUGCAAUAUCUUUUAUGUGUGUACAUCACAUUUUGUGGUAUUGUUCAUCAAUAGUAGUGGCUCAGGAAGAACCAAAAACUUAUGCAAUGCUUACAUCUCCCAAUCAACAAGAGAUCUGAGGUCGUUGUUAAGAAAGCAUGAUGUUUACUUCUCUAUGCCACUUUGCCAUUCUAACAUAGAGCAAGCCACCACUGAAGAUCUAGUUGAGCUCUCAGAAAUUGAGAAGCAAAAUUUGGGCCAGACUCGACGUCCGACCACCUUGUCUGAUGUUGAUCAUAGCCCACAAUCUCUCUUAGCUUUUUGUGGAAAUAAAAAUGUACAUGCAUUAUAUGAUUUUUUAUUAAAUUACCGAUCUUCCUUAACCUUUUUGUCUGGCGUGGAUGUUCCUGUAUUGUAUUCACCUGUUUCAUUUCAGAAUGCUGCUCUUUCCACUCCUGAGAUAAGAUGCAUGGAAAUGAAAAGAGUUGAUCAUGUUGCUGGUUCCUUCAAAGAAUUUGAAGUUAACAAUGGUGAACACAUACAAGGUUCAUCUUCUGGUCUACGCUCUAGUAUUGAGAUCAAGGAUGCAUAUAUUCCAUUAUGGAUUAUUUGCCGUGUAUGUGCACUAAUAAGAUCUGAAGGGAAGAGCUUUGAGGCAAGCUUCAUAACAGAGCGUACCUCAAUUGGCUUGAAUGUUGCUCUUGAGACAAUAUGUGAGGAAACUGAUUCCGGUGCUGUGGCAAGCAAAAGCUUGCAAGAUAACCGUCAUUCUAUUGGCAUUCCAGAAGCUAAAGUUUCUCCUAGCAUGGGUUCAAGCUUUGUAAAAGGCCUGAAGUACAUCGAUGGUUCUUAUACAGUUUCUCUCUCUCCUAUAUGACAUAUUGCCAUUGUGAUAUCUGAUAGAAAUGCAACAUGGAGAUAUUUUUAUGGUACUUACGCAACUUGAUGGUCUCUCUAUGACAUUUUGCCUUUUCGGUCUAUGGCACAGAUGCAACAUUGGAAUGCUGCAGUGGUUCUUGCACAUAUUUCCUCUCCUGGGUCACAUUUUACUUCCGUGAUCUUUAGCAGAGAUACAAUGAAAUAUUUCACUGCAUAUUGCUAAUUAAGUUGAUCCUAUAUCCAUUUAUUCUGAUCCUGUAUGAUUACCAGUUUUUUAAUGAUGAUUUGUAGCUCAUAAAAAUAAUUUAAGAAUCAUUGAUUUCUAGUUUUCAGCAUGGAAUUUUUUGGUGGGGAGCUUUUAUUCUUGAAGAAGCAUUUGGGUUGAGAAAAUGGAUCAUUAAUAGUUUUAAGCUGGAGCUACAAUAAUGGCCAUCAUCAAGUCUAAACUUUUUCAUAUUUUUUGGUGCAAUAAGUAUUAACAUUUGCUUUCUAUUGAAGAAUUACAUAUUUAUGAGAAAAUUACGUGAUUGAUUAGUAAAAAUCAGUAAGAUUGUUGUUUGUAUAAA